AUGAGAAACCAUCCCAAUCUUCGGUAUGGAAAUUCUUCAAAUCAACUCAAUCCAAAUUUUCAAGGAAACAACCAAACCGGUGGAGGAUCAUCUCAAUCAUUCCAAGGUUGGAAUUACAACGAAGGGAAUUACCAAGGUGGCCAAAAUAAGGGAGUAUUCAUUAGAGGCUACCCAAGGAAUUAUCAACAAGGUAACAACCAAGGUGGGGCUUCGGGAAGUAAUGAGCAAGUGGGAAAAUUGGCGGAGGAUGUAUCAGCGUUGAGGAAGAAUCCGGGGAAGCUACCAAGUGAUACAAAGGUCAAUCCACAACAUCAAAGUGGCAACUCAAAGAAUGUCAAGAAUGUUGAAAUCAACAAUGUAAGUCUUCUCCGUAGUGGUAAGAUGUAUGAUAAUAAAGUUGAACCUCCAUCAUCACUUGUUGAUGGUGUGGUGGAGGACGUUGAUGAUGACCAAGAUAGUAAACAUGAACCGGAACUUGUUCUACCUAAAUCAACUAAAAAAGUGUCUUUUAAAGAGGUAGAAAAUAAUAGGUCUAAUGGUAAAUUUUCUGAAAAACAAGGAAAUGAGAUGGAGGGUAAUACCAUUGCUUUUCCUUUGGCUUUGAUUGAUCCAAAACUUAGGCCUACACUUAAGAAAAGAGGUCCCCAUGAGGAAGAAAUGUGGGAAAAUUUUAAGCAAAUGAAAAUCAACAUACCUCUAAUUGACAUUAUUAAACAAGUUCCGACUUUUGCUAAAUAUCUCAAGGAGUUGUGUACCCAAAAACGACACCAUAAACUUCUAAAGAAAAUUGUUUUAAAUGAGGAAGUUAGUACCGUUGUGAUGGGUAUACUCCCACCUAAACUCCAAGAUCCUGGAGUGCCUUUAAUUACAAUUUAA